GGGGACUGCAGACUGUAAACGCUACCAUCUACUGCAUUACUCGACUCGCUAUUGACCAUCACUCAACUCUUUUUUUUACGCCAGAGGAUAUUGUUAUAUGUCAUUUUUGUAAUAUUUGAAUUAGCUUUCGGGGGUGACAAGUAAAAUGAGGUUUGUUCGGUCCCUGAUGAAGGCGGCCGCCCUGGCCAACGUGCCCAAACACGUCGAUCAUUUCUCCAAGUUCUCCCCCUCUCCUCUUUCAAUGAAGCAGUUUCUGGAUUUCGGUUCGACCAAUGCCUGUGAACGCACAUCGUUUGUUUUCCUUCGCCAGGAGCUUCCGGUCCGUUUGUCCAACAUCAUGAAGGAGAUCAACAUGUUGCCGGACCGGCUGCUGGCCACGCCCUCCGUCCAGUUGCUCCACGGCUGGUACAUCCAGAGCCUGAUGGAGAUCUUGGAGUUUCUGGAUAAGAACCCAGAUGACCACAGAGUCCUUGAGACGUUUAUGGAGGCCUUGGUGGCCAUUAGGAACCGGCACAACGAUGUGGUGCCCACCAUGGCUCAGGGAAUCAUUGAGUAUAAAGACACUUUUAGCCAGCAGGACUCUGUUACUGACCACAACAUCCAGUACUUCCUGGACCGCUUCUACACCAGCCGCAUCUCCAUCCGCAUGCUCAUCAACCAGCACACUCUUAUCUUCGACGGUAACACAAACCCCGCCCACCCCAACACCAUUGGCUGUAUCGACUCCAUGUGUGAUGUGCCAGAGGUUGUGCGAGAUGCCUAUGAGAGUGCAAAGUUGCUGUGUGAGCAGUAUUACCUUGGAGCCCCAGAGCUGGAGCUGAGGCAGAUGAAUGCCAGCAACAACAGAGAGCCCAUCCACAUCUCAUACAUCCCAUCUCAUCUGUACCACAUACUUUUUGAACUCUUCAAGAAUGCCAUGAGAGCAACCAUUGAGAAUCAUGAGGCCAGCAGGACCCUCCCACCCAUCAAGGUCAUGGUCGCUCUUGGUGGAGAGGACCUGUCAAUCAAGAUGAGUGACAGAGGAGGUGGCGUUCCCCUGAGGAAGACCGAGCAUCUGUUCAGCUACAUGUACUCCACAGCUCCCAGACCCUCCAUAGGAGACAAACACAGAGCCCCACUGGCAGGGUUUGGCUAUGGUCUGCCCAUCUCUCGUCUCUACACUCGCUACUUCCAGGGAGAGUUACAGCUCUACUCUAUUGAGGGUUACGGCACUGACGCAGUCAUACACCUGAAGGCAUUGUCUACUGACUCAGUGGAAAGGCUCCCAGUUUUUAACAAGACUGCUCUGCGUCACUACAAGCUCAGUUUGGAGGCAGACGAUUGGUGCGUUCCCUCCAAGGAGCCGCUGGACCUUGCCGUGUACCGUGCUGCCAAGUGAUUCAUUCAUAACCUGGCAUGACUUCGGAAACAAAGACUUACAAUUUGACCAUAAAUGUCCUUCAGAGCCAGGGCACUGUAGGACCAGAACUAUUAGCCCAGGAGCUGGAGUGACCAAACGUGGCCCAAGAGAUCAAAGACAAUCAAAGAGCAGAGCAUUAUCGUCCUGAUUGUCUGGGAACUUACUUGAUUGGAGCAAGCGUCUUCUUCCUCUAUCUCCCUCUGCCUUCUUUACAUGUGUGCAAUAGACAGAGAUGAUGGCGGAUAGUCAAAGAUACAGUCGUAGAAAUCUAAAAAUUAAAGAGAGAUGGAAUAGAUAGGAUGGCUGUAAAAGUUGAGGAAAAUCUCUAAUUGUGGACAGUAUCUGACCAAUAUUGAGAUUGUAAUGUA